AGGUGGCGCUGGCGCUGCAUGUCGGCAGUAGUCAGUGGACUCUGAACUGUGUUAGACUGUUAGGUUAGGAAGUGGACGUCUCUUGUCGUGGUGUAUUCCAGCCAUCAUAACAUAAAAGAGAUUUCUGUAAGAAAAGGGAUUUCGACUACUGGGGCUGCACUGUGCGCAUUUAAAAUUUUGCAUACUUGUGUAAAACAUUAUUAAAAAGUGCAGUGUAGAUUGUAAUGAGAUCUUGUAUCUUCUUUGUAAAGUAGAGAUGUUUCAAACCGGUAACGUACAUUAAUAUCAUAUGACCGUUGCUUCUGCUACUAAAAUGUAACAAAGAACAAUUUUAGCAAAUCCAUUUCCUAUACAAAGUUUUCGGUAAUAAAGCAGCUUUAUUAUUCAGUGUAUGAUAAUAUAAAUUUACAAAUAUUAAAGAACUUUGUCAGUACGUUUUUAGGGAAAAUAGAACUUUUAGGAAAGUAGAAGAGUUUAAUUUAAUUCAAAGCUAAUUGUUAACAUAUUUUCCAUCCUGUAAUUAAAUACACUUGACAGAUUUAUAGACGAAAACAUGAAAACUAUUAGAAAAUAUUAUUUACAUUAGCAGUUUAUUUUUAAAACAAAAUAAGUGAAGUUUUGGAUGCUUGUGAAAUCUUCAUCUGGCGCAUUUGGAUGGCUGGUGUUUGUUUCGUUUGACACUACACUGAAUAGUGUACGGUGAAAUAGGUAAUCUUAAGAGUUGUGUGUUGCCUGAACAGUCGAUCGCCAGACACAGCAAGCAGAGGGGAGGAAAAGCCUGUUGCAUUGUUGGUAAAGCAACAGAUUGCAACACGACUGCACAGAUAUUUAAGCAAAAUAAUACAAGUGUCUGCAAAGAAACACCACGGAAGAAGAUUCGAGAAGUUCGUUUGUGUGACAUUUAUGGAUUAAAGCUGUCUGCUGUUACCGGCCUGUCGCUUCGCACACUCCGUUCAUCAGCAAAAUCACAUUUCCAGCUAAAAUCAGAUGGUGUGACGAGCAGCGAGGGAGAUGUCGCUGCUGUACCGCUUUGCAAAGCUGCAAGACCGUGCCAACACUCACGUGUUCACGUUCGUCGUUACAAAAUCAGUGACACGUGACCUGGAACGCGACGUAACUUCAAAAGAAUAUGCAUGCGGCUAUCACAAGUGGGCCAUCACGUUUUCUCGUACCGACAAAGUUUUGGGCGUGUAUCUGGUCUGGAGAAACCCUUCUGAAGGCAUGCGUGUGUAUGUUGACUUUACAUUUACUCUGCUGAACAGAGAACACUUUAGCGUAAACGAGGCUUUCUCUGGAAAACAAGUGAAGUUCACGUACGAUUCCCCAGCUCAGGGGAACAGGAAUUAUAUUCCCGUCAACGAUCUGUACGCAAGGAACUUCACGGAUACAAAUGGAGAGUUUCAACUUGAGUUAACAAUGGGAAAUGUGAGGACAAUAUUCGAUACGGAAUUCUCAGUACCACAGUCCAUUUUUGUUCCGUUUCAACACCACCACCGACAUCAUCAAGGAAGUGGUCAUCAGGCUAACCACCAUGCUUCUUCGACUUCCGGUUCGUCCUCAGGAACGAAAAGUGGGGCGCAGAAGUUUGAGAGCACGUACUUCGCCUUUGGUGGUUUCGACUGGAAUCUGGCCCUCUUUCCACAUGGAACCAAGGACUUAGGUAGCGGCGAUGGGCGGGUGUCGGUGUACCUGAACAGGCUGACCGGCUUUGACCACCAGUGCAGGGUUAGGUACACGAUCGUCCUGGGGGAUAAUGACAGGCGUCUGGAUUCUGGCAUCGUGGACGACGUCUCCGACACAGACGGCAGGGGGUACGGCUGGCAUCCGCGCACUCGCUUCAACGACCUGGUGUACAAGGGCACUGUCAGAGUCCACCUGGAGAUGAUGAUGGCGAACACGCUGAGCGAGGUGGCUGUCGCGUCGAGUGUGGGGCUGCAGACCCCGGCCCCACCUCCGGGCACCCACCAACCGCCGGCAGCCGUCGUUCUGCCCACCCCCGUCUUGGCGCAGUGUUACGACAGAGACAAGCAGGCCUGGACCAUCAAGAGCGACUGUCACUCUGAAACUGUCCGGCUCCACAUGGUGUACAAGGACAUCCACAACGUAGCUCGCAACCACCUCAGGUACGUCUGUUGGACGGCUUACUUGAUGCGUCACCACGGAAAAUCCGGUCACAUGGAUCCAGUUCCGCUUCCUGGGGCCCCCUUCAGUCACUACUACUCACAAGAAGCGUCAGAUGAGGGAAUCAUCAUGGAAACGAACGUUGCAGUCAAGGAGGCGAGUACUGCCAACAUUUUCAUUUUACCAUGGUCAGUGUUUAACAUCACAUUUCAGCCGUUGUCUGAAGAAACCCCAAAAAAAUGUCGGUAUUAACUCACCAUAGAUCUUCUGUGCGAAAUAAAUAAAUAACA